GUGAAUUUUCGUUUUCUUUAUUUCCGCACCUCCAACAUGGCUUCGACAGCGUCCGAUCCCUUUCAUGCCGAAGCCGCUCGCUUCCAGUCUCUCACAGAGCAGCUGCUCAGCUUAGUGAGCGCUCACACUGGCGUUGCAGGACCAAAUGAGACAGAAUAUUACCAACAUAUUCAAAAGAUAAUCACAGAUAUCAGUGGCUACGUUGUUUAUCGUCUCUUAAACGAGGGACCAGGACAGUGGAAGCAGUCAGUUACUACUCAGGCAAACGACUUUUUCAAAUAUGGCCAGCAACUCAUUCAAAGCCAAGCCUUCAAGGGCAUCAUUGAGACGACAAGCUUGGAGGACACGCAGUUUUCUGGCCGCAUGGCCGCUUUAAAUAACUUUCUUGGGGCAGCAUACAGUUUGGGUAACAAUCACAAGCCACCUGAGCCUGGAGAGGUCCAGUACAGAGGAAGUAUUCCAAGGCGAUACGGGUACGAGAUUGACCAAUUGAUUGACGCCAAGUUCAAGCCCGCCCAGCUACCUCCAUGGUUUGACUUUACGGAAGCUCAGCGCUGGAUUACACAAUGCAAAGAAUCGCAUGCGCUUUGCAAGGUACCGAAACAAACACAAGCUUUGCUAUCAGCCCACCCAAGCUGGCUCAUCGAUGUGGAAAGAAUGUGCUUAGUGAAGGGAGGGCCAGGGCUACAGUACGUGUGUCUGAGCUACCUCUGCGAUUCACCGUGCUUCAAAACCGGCAAAAGAAGUCUCAAGAAGCUACAGAACCAAGGCUCGCUAGCUCCUCCUGCUACGGCAGCGAGUGCCAAUGGCGGAAUCCCAGCGACAGUUUCCCACGCCAUUCAAGUAACCUCACGACUCAACCGGCGCUAUCUGUGGGUUGACUCGCUGUGUCUCGUUCACGACGACGAAGCCCAGUUGGAGCUCGAUUUAGUCAACAUGGCGUCCAUAUUUGCGAAUGCAGACCUGACAAUUGUCAUCCCUACCGUCGCAGCAGCCAGUGGUCUCCAUGGUGUUUCAGAGGUGACGCCUCCCAUUGCAAACCGAGUUUACUACCGCCCUAGAUGGUGGGAAACGCCUCGCAAGCUCGACGACCGCAUCAAGGAGCAACAGAAAGUCCUAAAUGAUGUGUCAUGGGGCUCUCCUUGGCGUAAACGCGCGUGGACAUUCCAAGAGAAUCACUUUUCCAACCGGUUUCUCGUCAUUGACGAAAAGUCAAUGGUCUGGCAAUGUCGCUGCCAGGUGUAUUUCGAAGGAGCACGACUUCCUGAGCGACAGGAAACCUACAACACACAUGGCCAGGGUCUGAAAGUUGCCUCGCCAAGCUUCAAAGAUUACGCCACCCUGGUAUCGGCAGUAAACAUUCGCCAGCUGCGAUCCGCUGAAGAGUCUCUCUAUGUUUUUGGUGGUAUCAUGGGAGCCUUAGAUGCUAGCUGGAACUCGGGCUGGAUAGCUGGACUGCCGAGCCAGUUCUUUGAUCUAGCGUUGGUCUGGUACAAUGAGAAACCUCUCAAGAAGCGAGGCUCUGUCAACUCGGAUCUAAUGAUGCCAAGCUGGUCCUGGGCUGCAUGGGAGGGCGCGAUUGCAUUUCUGGACGAGCCAAAGGGCAAAGACUCACUAACAUCUCUGGUUCAAUGGAGAUUAUCGCCGAGAAGGCGAACUUGGACGCCUCUGUCUCAGAUACAGGCGUCUCAGAGCCAAACAGGCGGUAGCGCGCAGCCGGGAGAUGCCAUCUCCAGUGCAAUGGGUUCGCUGAGCAUCUCUGGAUCACCGGCAUCUGAAACAAAGGCAGUGACACACUUUUCACCCUAUCUUCUCGGUGGCACCGUUCAACAUCUGUCACUUCAUGUCAUGGAAUAUGAAACGGCCGGUAUUCCACUGGUCAACAAGGAAGGCGACUGUAUCGGCAUGAUUACGCCACACGAAGCGAUAACGCCAGUGAAAAACACAAGUGCGAUUACGUGUGAUGUGAUUGCAGUCUCUGAACUUUCAAUGGAUGGAAUGGAAGUAUACAAUGUGCUUUGGGUGGACAAGGUGGAUGGAGUUGUCAGCCGCAAGGGUGUUGGUAGAGUUGUGAAGGAGAUGUGGCUUGCAAUGAAGCCAAGUACGAUUGACAUAAUCAUUGGAUAAUCAUUGGAUAAUCAUGUUAUUAUUUUCUAUUUUAUUUUACUUCUAAAGGGAAAAUACUAGUUAAUUUAAAAGAUUCAACACUAGUAGAUGGUCGUUCGAAAAAGGUACGAUUUCAUAGGGAGACAAUGAGCGGCGUCUGUGCCGAUAGCAUCGUG